GAAGGCAAUAGCUCUGAUUCUUGACCCAGAGAAAGGCCGUGCGGAAAAAAUACAAACAGAUGCGGGAGCACCGACACUGUAUCAGUGACAAUACUGUAUCCAGCUGCUCUUCUUAUCAUUGUAUGAAAAAUCUUUCUUUGGAUCAGGUCGAGUGUAAAGAUCGUUCUUCUCUGGAUACAGCAACAAAAUCGGAACAAUUUUGCUUCCUUACGCCAUCAUUUUUUCUUCGCACGAAGCUGUUAACACUUUUUAAUCAUGAUAGCAGCUCGCAAAUUGGGCGGUUUCAUUAUACCGCCAAGGACGAUGCCGCAAACAUUUCUAUCGGCCUUUAAUGGCUUGAUCUCGUUGAUGAGUGAGACAACUCGGAGCCAAUUCAUCGAUUCGCUCGAACAAGGCAUCAUUCAAGAAGAAGUUCUAUCUCAGGCAUCGGCAGGGCCGAUGGUGAUGCUUUCUCUCUUUCACGAACUGCAAAAUCCUCUCUUCGCGAAGAACAAUUUUGAUGCGAACCAAUUUUUGGAGGGAGUUUCACCGGCUCUUGAAAACUUCCACAAUGUGAGCGCAGCUCUAGAAAAUGAACUACACGCUGUAAGCCGAAAGUCACAAGAAAAAAAGACGGAUGGCGAAGAAGAAAACGCGAAGGAAAAGGGCGAAACUUCUGAAAAUAUCUCGACCGAGGUAGGAGCCGUCACCAAAGAAGAAAAGGAUUACUUGCUUUCAGCUCUUCAAAUCACGACAGAAAGUGACGACUCUCAGUCGAAGCAACAAAGAAAAAACGCCGAAGCAAUCCUGGAUUAUGAAUGGAUGAACGAAGCUCGAGAUCGCCCCGAUUCGCUUGCCGGUCAGUUGUCUAGAAUGGUCACCAAGGAACUUUUUCAAAUCAACCAGCUGAGUUCGAAAACUGCCUUUUUGCUUCAAAAUCAAUCGAGAAAUGUUCUAUUUCGAGAAGGAAGCUGCCAGGUAGAUAAUGUUGCUUUGCUGAGUGCCAGAGCGUGUCUAUUUAAAGAAAAAGAAAUUCCUGGCUCAAGCGACGAGGACAAUGACAACAAACCCAAGGAAUACGAAAUAAUUGACUACAAUUUUGGUGAUGAAUAUGUUGAGGCGGGAACUGCAGUUGGUGCUCAAGUGGAAGUGUUAUACGAUGUUACUCAGGAAUUUGCUAUAGGAAAAUCAGGAGAUAAACGAAAGGAUGAUAUAUCCUCCGAAUCGAAAGCUUCAGAUCAAUCUGAGAACGAAGAUUAUACGUCGACAACAAUCGUGAGUGUAGCUACGCUCGAAGGGUGGCUUCGUGGAGGUCCGGAAGGUGGAGAACUGCGUUGGAAACUUGCUUCAUAUCGGCCUCCUUACGAAUUUCCAGGGAUAGAUCAUGCGUAUUGAUUAAGAUUAAGUUGUUCUUGCGCGAAAACAUCUACCAAAUAAUGCAGUUUGGUCAGAAAGUUGGAUAACAAGAACCAGUUGCUUCGCAGAGAACUAGAUCUAGAAAAAGCGCAGUCUCAAACUGCUCCUCAACUGUGUCGAGUAAUUGCUUCGUAUUAGCAUCGUUGUGAAAUUCUGAGAACAUAUCUAACUAUUGAUACC